AUGCACAAAAGCACUUCUGGCUCACUAGGCCCCAGCGGCCUCGACCUAACCCAGGCCUUCUUCAAGCCCAUCUCCGGCGCCGCCUCACCCUCCUCCACCAAGCGCCAUACCAAGAUCUCCGUCAUCGGCGCCGGCAACGUGGGCAUGGCCAUCGCCCAGACCAUCCUCACCCAGGACCUCGCCGACGAGCUCGUCCUCGUCGACGCCAAACCCGAGAAGCUCCGCGGCGAGAUGCUCGACCUCCAGCACGCCGCAGCCUUCCUCCCCCGCACCAAGAUCAUAGCCGACGUCGACUACGCCGUCACCCACGGAUCCGACCUCUGCAUCGUCACCGCUGGGGCCCGCCAGAUCCCCGGCGAGUCCAGGCUCAACCUGCUCCACCGGAACGUCGCCCUCUUCCGCAAUGUCAUCCCGCCGCUCGCCAAGUACUCGCCCGACACGAUCCUGCUGAUCGUGUCGAACCCGGUCGACAUCUUGACAUACGUGGCCUGGAAGCUGUCCGGGUUCCCCAGCAAUCGGGUUGUCGGGUCGGGUACCAAUCUGGACUCUUCGCGGUUUCGAUUCCUCAUUGCUGAUCAUCUUGAUGUCAACGCUCAGGAUGUGCAGGCUUACAUUGUUGGGGAGCAUGGUGACAGCUCAGUGGCAUUGUGGUCGAGCAUUAGCGUAGGGGGAGUGCCGGUGUUGAGUUUCUUAGAUAAGCAAGAAAUAGCAUACGAGAAAGAGACGCUAGAGAGCAUCCACAAGGUGGUUAUAGACAGUGCAUAUGAGGUGAUCAGUCUAAAAGGAUAUACUUCUUGGGCAAUUGGAUACUCCGUGGCCGCGCUAGCUUGGAGCAUAUUGAGAGAUCAGAGGAAGAUCCACCCAGUCUCGGUGCUUGCCAAGGGGUUUUACGGGGUGGACGGUGGAGAUGUGUUCUUGAGCUUGCCGGCCCAGCUCGGGAGAGGUGGGGUUUUGGGGGUGACCAAUGUGCAUUUGACUGAUGAGGAGACUCAGAGGCUGAGGGACUCGGCUAACACCAUCUUGGAGCAGCUGAGUCAGUUGGGAUUAUGA